AUGGGAUGGGGCGUGGAGGUCAAGGGCGCGGCUAGGGCACUGGCGCGAGACCCCGUAGCAGAGACCUCGGAGCCGAACAAACGACCGAGGAUCGGUGCGCUAGUGCAGGCGCCCGAGGUCGCGGUCAUCGCGGGCCUCUCAGUCUGCGAGCUGGCGGUCUGCGAGGGGGAGGGCGACCAGGAAGAGGGCCCGCUCUGGGGCCCGAUGCCGAGGGCUGAGGAGCGGUGCGAGGGCUCGUGCGAGGCGCACGUGGGCCGCUGUGCCUACCGACACGACCAUGCUGGACAGCGUGCGCGCAGGAGAUGUCUCAUCGGCUGCGCCAAGAAGCUCAAUCCAGACGCCGAGGUCGUUGCGAGCCCGUGCGCAUUGUGGUCGAGACGUAGGGCGCGCGAGCAGCCCGACUGGAACCUUGACCCGAACUCGCCCGAGCCGACGGUGAAGAUCCACUGCGGUUACUACGCGGGCGAGCCCCUCGACGAGGAGAAGUGCCAGAAGGGCAAUGCAGACGAGCUCCAGGCCAUGGCCGGGCACGGCGUCUACCGCAAGAUCCGCAUCGCGGACUGCGAACCUGGUGGCAAGCACGUCGGGGGCUUCCUCCCCAUCGCGCGCGAGAAGGCUGGCGAGGUGCGCCGGCACUUCGUGGCGACGGAGGUGGCCCACCAGCACCGCGAGGACAACCAUCAGGGUACACCGCCACUCGCGAUGAUUCGCGCGAUUCUCAGCUUGGCGGCCAGCAAGCCCGACAGUGACGGACAACACCGACGGUGCAUCCUCAUCUGGGAUGUCCGCAAGGCGUUCAACAGCGACCUGACCGAGCUACUGCUGGGAGCUGUUCAAGGGUUCGAGGUCCUGUACGGGGCCCGACUGGCCUGUCAGCUGUGGGGCGAGACCGUGAAGGCUACCUCGGACGACUCUGGAGGCAAGGCGCUGAAGUGCGCCCCUGGCAUGUUCUACUUCGCCAACCUCUGCGGCGACGGCAACGACACCACGAUGGGGGUCCACGGCGGCGACUUCACUGCGGAGGGCCAUGUCGGGACGCUCGACCAGCUGGAUGACGUCCUGAGCGUGGAGUACGAGAUCACCUCAUUACCGCCGCUGGGGCCUGGGCACCCUGGAGUUGCCCGCUACCUGAAGCGCGUCUGCGGCUACGUCGACCAGCUGCCCGAGACGAUGCUGCCGGGCUUCUUCUGGCACGCGGGCCCGAAGCUCGCGACGGAGAUCAUCAAGUUCGGAUCCAAGGAGGGCGCCAAGGCGGUCGACACCCCAGGCGCCAAGGCGAUCGGGGCGCGGCUACGUAACGCGACGGGCCCGAUGCCCGCGACCGAGGCACGCAAGACAGCAUCAGCGGGAGGCCUCGCGCUCUACCUGGCGGCGCAUCGGCCCGACAUCAUGUUCGCGAGCAAGACCGUCAUGCAGGACGUGAGCAAGCCGAACUAUCAUACGAAUGCGAGGCUCAUGCGGCUAGCCCGAUACCUUGAGGGACACCAGGUACUAGUCUGGUGCUACGAGCUGCAGGCCCUGCCGAGUAUCCUGAGGGCCGACGGCGAUGCAGACUGGGCGGCGCCGACGGCGGCUCUCAGCCGCGGCGAGUCGGAGUUCUACGCGCUCGGCUCGGUCGCGGCGCGGGGCUUGCAGAUGAAGCUCUUCCUGGGCGAGGUCGGGAUCCAGGUUCGCCUGGUGGUGGCCUCGGACAGCGCGGCCGCGCGGGGCAUGGCCCAUCGGCGCGGAGUGGGCAAGGUCCGCCACGUGGAGCUGCGCUACCUCUGGAUCCAGGAGCGGCUACGACUCCAUCUGUUCGUGCUCGUGAAGGAGGACACGCGCAGGAUGGUGGCGGACAUCCUGGCGAAGUAUGUUGACGAGGAAAGCAUGGCGACGCACCUGCGCGAGCCGAGCCUGAAGGAGCCUAUGCCCAAAGAGGCCUCUCGGAGUGCAGUGACGCCCCCGCCUGUGGACCCGGAGGAGAGCACCGCCAGUUCCGCCACGCCCAGGGUGUCUAUCGGCGACUUGCCGCGUCUCCCAGACCGAGGGCCAGGCUACCGGUCGGAGCCCCGGCUAGGGUGCUGCAUCGUCUCGGUGAUCGCCGUGGCGUGCUUGGCUGGCAUGCACGCCAAGUGCCUGGUACAGGUGGCCGACUCCGGCCUGGAGGGUGUGCCCCAGCGCAUGAGGUCGUUGCUGGCGCUGGUCUGGGCCGAGGCCGCCGCCGCUGUGCUCUCCACCCUGUACAUCUUGUUCGGCGGCGCUGGGGUGAUCAGGCGGGGGCCAGGCACCUGCUACCCCAUGCCUUCGGAGGUGGAGGAGCUGCUGUGCAGCGGCCAGACCACGGAGGGUCUGGACAACAUCAAGGGCAACGGGCGGCCUGGCAUGCCGGACGGAACAUAUUGCGUGCGUUGCUUGGUCUGGCGGUUGCAGGAGCAGAAGGCCCACCACUGCAACAUUUGCCAGCGAUGCGUCGCAGGUUUCGACCACCACUGCGGCGUCUUCGGGCGCUGUAUCGUCGCAGGGAACAUGGCGUGCUUCAUGUGCCUCAUCCUCAUGCUAUUUGCCAGUGGCAUCACUGUGCUGAUUGCAGUAGCCUCCGACGGCGACUCUGGCAUCACGCUCGAGUCCGACAAUUCCAGCUUUGCACCUCCGAGGCGUCGGUGA